AUUAGUUUUUCCUUUAGUUUUCAAGUUGAUCAUUUUCUUUAUUGAAAUGUAUCAAUACAUUUUUCAACCUUGUUAGCCCUGCCAAUUAAAUGUCAAAUUUACAAUAUGCACAUUUCUGCUCGGCCAAAUUCAUGUAGCUAAAACAAGCAGAAAUGUGCACCACUCAGCGCCAUUUUUUUCUCGAGAGAGCGGCAAGUUUUGCUAGUUUUUGGAGUACGGGAACGCGUUGUAGCAGAAUUAGUGCUAAUUAGUACUAAUUUGCAGGUUCUGGAACACAACUAUUGACAUAUUAAUCGCCAACGCCAAAAAUCAAACAAUUAAUCGCAAGUCGACUAAUGUAUCCCUAUUUUCAACGCCAAAAUCCACAGUUGACAUUCGUAUCAAAGUUGCCACAGUUGAUAGAAAAGAUUUUAUGGAAAAGGACGGUAUGGAUACGGCAGACGAUGAUGCUUGUGCCGUGCCGGCAACCAACGAGGAUUCCAGGAGCAUAAAAUCUAUAAGUAAAGACAAUGUUCACAAAAUUUGUUCUGGACAGGUCAUUGUAAGUUUAGCCAUUGCUGUUAAGGAGCUGGUAGAAAAUGCAAUAGAUGCAGGAGCAACAAGCGUAGAUGUCAAGUUAAUUGAGCAUGGCGCAGAGUGCAUAGAAGUCAGUGAUAAUGGCAUCGGCGUUGAAGAACACAAUUUGGAAGGAAUGACUGCUAAAUAUCACACGUCUAAACUUAGGGAGUUCGCUGACUUGCAAUCGAUAGCGACGUUUGGCUUUCGCGGCGAAGCUUUGAGCUCGCUCUGUGCUCUGGCCAACAUGACGAUCAUUACACGUCAUAGAAAUGCAGAGGUUGCAACUAAAAUUGAAUUGGACCUCGAAGGAAAUAUUAAAAGUCGUACACCAUGCGCUAGAUGUGUUGGAACCACUGUUAUAUUGGAAAACAUCUUCGAAAAGCUUCCGGUCAGAAGGAGGGCCUUUGUUAAAAAUGUCAAAAAAGAAUUCAAUCAAAUGUGCCAAAUUCUCCAGGCUUAUGGCUUAGUUUGCAAAGGCGUGCGAAUAAAAUGCACCAACCAAACUGCGAAAGGAAAGAAGUCGGUGAUACUGCAAACGCAAGGCUCGAACAACAUAUCCUCCAAUAUUUCAGCUGUAUUUGGCAGCCGUCAGGUUUCUGAUAUUGUAGAACUCAAGUCCCCGUUGAAGAAGAGCAACGGAGGAAAUAAUGACGUCGACGUGCUGCUGGAAGAGUUGCAGGAGGAUUUAGGUGACACUGUUGGUCUAACAAGGGAAGACAUUGAACAAGUAUUGCAUUGUAAACUCGAGGGAUACAUAUCCAGUUGUUCGCAUGGAAGUGGCCGCUCAUCCAAGGAUAGGCAAUUCUUUUAUGUAAAUUCGAGGCCAUGUGACCCAAAGAAUAUAUCUAAGGUAGUAAACGAGGUGUAUCAUCGUUACAAUCCUCAUCAGUUUCCUUUCGUGUACCUCAACAUUAUAACUGACCGCGAGUCAGUUGAUGUCAACUUAACACCCGAUAAACGGCAACUUCACAUCAACAACGAAAAAAUUCUUAUGACCUUAAUCAAGAAGGCACUGGAUUCUACAUUCGGCAAUAUUCCAUCCACAUAUAAAAUGCAAAAUACUAUUAUAAACAGUAUGAUAACGAUGGAAGAGGAGGGAGGCAAAAAAAAGGAAAAGUCUGAUGAAAACAACGAGCAUAGUGAUAUUUAUGCAACAAACAUGCACACAUUUAGCCAAGUACUAUCCCAAUGGAAACGUACGGGCGACACUGAAGGUAUCGUAGUAUCAUCAACGAAAACAUGUAAACGAAAAUGCACGGAAAGCAACGAAAUCGCGACGAGGACUCUAAAAAUGCAAAAAAUACAGGAAUAUCUUAAAAAUGAAAAUUCCGUGCCAAUGGCCACCGUUCAAUGUUAUAAGUCUGAAACUGAAGAUGAUGUCAAACGAAAAGAAGACACACCUGGUCCACUACUUUCUACACCACUAGCCACUGUUCAAUGUUAUAAAUCUGAACCUGAAAAUGAUGACAAUGGUAAUGGCAAACGUAAAGAAGACACAUCCAGUCCACUUCUUUCUACAGUACAAUAUUAUAAAUCUGAAUAUGAUGAUGGAAGUGUCGAGGGCGAUGGCAAGCAAAAAGAAGACACGGCUGACACACUAUCUUCAUCUCUAAAAGAAUGUAGACCGCCACCGCGAUCUACCGAAAGUUUGAGGGACGAUGUUUUAGAAUUUGACCUUCCCUUAAAGCAAGAUUCAGAAAAAAAUUUAACACUUGACGAAAGUGUAUCAGAAAUGUAUAUGCAAAGGAAACCAUGUAGUGAAAUGGAAACUUCAAUAUCAGACAUAGAAAGAACACUGCAAAAAGAAAUUCACGUUGAACAGCAGAUCCAACUAAAAUCAAAGUUGGAAAGAUUACGGUUUAGGUCCGAAAUAAAUCCAAGCCAAAACAAGACCGCUGAGGCAGAAUUGCAAAAGGAGAUAAGCAAAGUUCACUUUGCCCGAAUGGAAAUAUUGGGUCAAUUCAAUCUGGGAUUUAUUAUAACUAAGUUAGACACCGAUCUAUUCAUAAUAGAUCAGCAUGCUACAGAUGAGAAAUAUAACUUUGAAACUCUGCAAGAGACUACACAGCUACACCAUCAGCCACUAGCAGUUGCGCAAACUUUGGAAUUGACAGCUGUUAAUGAAAUGGUUUUGAUCGAUCACUUGCCGAUGUUUGAAAAAAAUGGCUUUAAAUUCGAAAUUAAUUACGACGCACCUCCUACAAAAAAGGUCCGGCUACUUGGUAAACCAUUUAGUAAAAAUUGGGAAUUCGGAAAGGAUGACAUAGAUGAAUUAAUUUUCAUGUUGCAAGACGCGCCGGAAGGAACGAUGUGCCGUCCAUCUCGUAUAAGAGCGAUGUUUGCUUCUCGGGCUUGUCGUAAAUCUGUAAUGAUAGGCACGUCCUUAAAGAAAUCCACUAUGGAGAUGUUAGUACGGCAUAUGGGAGAAAUUGAACAACCAUGGAAUUGCCCCCACGGACGGCCGACGAUGCGACAUCUUAUAAAUUAUGCCUUAUUAAAAGACAACGAAGUGGUACACACCGACACUACGGGAAGCUAUUGCAAUUAGCGUUCCUGCGAUAGCAGCGUAGAUAAGGAGCACAAUAAAAAUUAAUUGGAAUAUUUACAAAAGAUAA